UGAAACUCUUUGGGUCGGGUUCCGAAGCGAAGGCGUCCUCCUCCGGCGUGCGUAAAAAGUUGUUCCGUUAGCCGGGAGGGGGGUCGGUUUUACGUGCCGAAGUGCAAAGCAAAGCAAAGCAAAGCAAAGCAAAGCAAGUGUCCCGAAUUAAAGUAAUAACAAUAAUAAAGAAUAUUUUACUAACGCAGAAGUAAAACGGGCACAAAGGAAAAGGACACACAAGGGAUUUUAAGUACACACUGAAAACAAUUCUGAUUUAACAAAUUUCAGUUUUUUUGGGGGAAACUUUUUUUUUUUUUUUUUUUUAAUCCUAUUAACAAUUGCUUUUGGAGUUUGCUGUACUUCAUUGCCAUGGCGGAGGGAGUAUUGGGCGGUUUUAAUAACUCGCUUUUCAAUGGCAGCAGUAACACUAGCGCACGGGGUAGGAAGCUGCUCAAUCCUCCACCGGCCCUUAAUCGAAGGCGAAAAACUAGACAGCAACAACCGGGCAGGAACAUCCACAGCCGGGUUACGUUGGAGAAGGUCCUUGGUGUAACUGCAUUAAGUGGCAGUGGGCUAGCUUGUGAUUCCAGUACAGGGCUGGUAGCAUACCCUGCAGGAUGUGUGGUGGUGCUUUUAAAUCCAAAGAAGAACAAGCAAAGCCAUAUACUCAAUGCAUCCAGAAAAACAUUUACUGCUUUGGCGUUUUCACAAGAUGGAAAAUACUUGGUCACUGGUGAGAGUGGUCACGUGCCAGCUGUGCGGGUUUGGGAUGUGGAGGAGAAGACCCAGGUGGCUGAGGUACAGUGCCACAAGUACGGCGUGUCCUGUGUGGCUUUCUCUGCCAAUUCCAGCUACAUCGUGUCUGUGGGCUACCAGCACGACAUGACCAUCAACGUGUGGAACUGGAAGAAAGGCUCAGUAAUUGCUUCAAACAAAGUCUCCAGUAAAGUGACGUCGGUGUGCUUCUCAGAGGACAGCAGCUACUUCGUGACGGUGGGGAACAGACACGCCAAGUUCUGGUAUUUGGACGCAUCUAAAGAGCGCAGGAUAAACAGCACUGUGCCGCUGAUUGGCCGCUCGGGGAUCCUCGGGGAACAGAGGAACAAGCUGUUCUGCGGGGUGGCGUGUGGCAAGGGCAGAAUGGCCAACAGCACCUUCUGCAUCACCAGCUCUGGGCUUCUGUGCCAAUUCAAUGAGAAGAGGCUGCUGGACACCUGGAUUGACCUAAAGGCUCCAGUCUCUAACUGCAUCGUUGCGAGUGAAGACUUUGUGUUCUGCGGCUGCGCGGACGGUACCAUCAGAGUGUUCAACCCCCAGGACCUGUGUUACAUCACCAGCCUUCCCAAGCCCCACCACCUGGGAGUGGACGUUGCCAAGGGAACAGAGCCAGGUCACCUGUUUGACCGGAACCCGGACGUGGGGUACCCUGACGCUGUGGCCCUGGCCUUUGACCCGUCCACGCGCUGGCUGUCCUGCGUGUACAGUGACCACAGCCUGUACGUGUGGGACGUGACAGACUUGAGGAAGGUCGGAAAGGUGAACUCUGCCCUCUACCACAGCGGGUGCGUCUGGAGCGUCGAGACAUACCCAGAGCUGGAGGAGUGUUCCCGGGCUUGCCUGCCUGCCGGCUCCUUCCUCACCUGCUCAUCGGACAACACCAUCAGACUGUGGAACACGGACGGUAGCUCACCAGCUACUGGGAUCGGCGUCGCCGGCUUCCACAAGAACUUCUACAGCCAUGAUCUGCUCAAGGUGGUGUACGUGGGGAAUAACAUCCAGCAUCUCCAGGACACUACGGAGAAGGCAGAUGGCGCUGACCUCAAGGCAGGGAUCAGGGUGCUGGCAAUCAGCCCUGAUGGGCAUCACUUGGCAUCAGGGGACCGUAGUGGAAACCUCAGGAUCUAUGAUCUCAAGUUGUUGGAUGAGGUGAUGAAUGUUGAAGCUCAUGAUUCGGAGGUUCUCUGUCUUGAGUACUCCAAACCAGAGACAGGAAUGAAUCUGCUAGCCACGGCUAGCAGGGAUCGCCUCAUUCACGUGCUCAAUGUGGACAAGCAGUACAGCCUGGAGCAGACCCUGGAUGACCACUCCGCCUCCAUCACCGCAGUGAAGUUCGCAGGUGAUGGCAGCCAUGUACGCAUGAUCAGCUGUGGUGCAGAUAAGAGUAUAUAUUUCCGGACAGCGGAAAAGUCUGCAGCCGGCAUUAACUUCUCAAGAACUCACCAUGUGGUUGGAAAAACCACUCUGUACGACAUGGAUAUCGACGCAACGAGGAAAUACGCAGCGAUCGGCUGUCAGGAUAGGAAUAUCCGUAUCUACAACAUUGACAGCGGGAAGCAGAAUAAAUGUUUUAAAGGCUCGCAGAGUGAGGACGGGACUCUUCUAAAGGUACAAAUGGACCGGUCUGGGAUGUUUCUGGCUACCAGUUCCUCAGACAAGAAUAUCUCUAUCUUUGACUUCUACACUGGCGAGUGUGUGGCCACAGUGUUUGGGCAUUCAGAGAUUGUAACCGCGAUGAGGUUUAGCAAUGAUUGCAGACACUUGAUCACGGUUUCUGGUGACAGCUGUGUGUUUAUCUGGAGGCUGGACUCCCAAAUGACCCACUGUAUGAGGAAACGGCUUGCUGAGAUCAAGCAGGUCUGUGGCCAGCAGAGGGCACUGCAACACCACACUCAGAUCAGGAGGGAGACUUACAUCACUGUGCCCAGUGGAGUGGCCACAGAUGAGGAGGAGGAGGAGGACCUAGAGGAAGAAGGCUCCUUACAGACCCCUGCCAAGGACUCUUCCGAUCAGGAUUUGGUGGACCCCAUCUUCCUUCAGACCAAUGGGAGACUUCCACUCUGGGCAAAGAGAAUGGUUGAGAACCCUGGAGAUGUUGGGCGAGAGCAUCGCCAUAGCAACCAGUAUCAGCCACAGGGGCGCUGGGCGGAGCGAGCCGAUCCGGAGCAGAUCAAAACCCUGCUGGACACCCGCUACCUGCAGAUGUGCCUGACCCCCAGCCCCCAGAGAGAGGCAGAGAAGACGGGGGCACAGGAGCUCAUGGAGGAGCUCGGCUUUGAACCCCAGAGCCUGGACAGUCUGUUGGGACAGGAGCAGGACGAGGAGGAGAUGAUGGAGGAGGAGUUUGUCAGUGACCACCCGCUCAUCCAGCCUUUAGCUCGGCCAAACUUUCUGCAGCUCCCUGACGCGGAGGAGAUCUUCGGACAGGACCUGGACUCCCCAGAGACCAGCGAUGAUAUCCUGUACCCCGCUAACAGCACUGUGGCCUCCCUGGCAGGAGACGGUGACUUUGACGUGAAGGAACUGUGUCGGGGCCCGUCCCACAAGGCUCGGAGGUGGGGUAGAGAGGGGAACAGCCAGGAGAACAGCCCCGACAGUGCCUACUGCGUGGGCUCAGCAGGGAGCCAGGCCUCCAGCCGGGAGCAGCACCGGGACGAUGCAGACUCCCUGAGCCAGCUGAGCUCAGCAGGCAGCUCUGGGGUGGAGGAAGAGGAGGAGGAGGAGGAAGAGGAGCCCUGCCUGUCCCGGGACGCCCCCGUUAUGCUCACUCCAGACCAGGAGGAGAUGCUGUGGCACCACUUUGACACCCUGGCAGACGACCUCACCAACGAAAAGUUUGAUGCAAACUUAAAGGACCUCAAGCCGACUUCUGACAACCUCUUCCUGAACCCAAGACUGAGUAUUUCUGCAAGAUUUCUCUCUCGCUGUCAGAACAAACUGCGGCUGGGUGCUGCCUUACCUCCCAAGAUUCUCCUCUCCACUCUCGAAGUUCCGGAAGAGGAGCCUAGCGGCAAACCCCAUAGUGACCCCAGGAGGCAGGGGGAGGCAAUUUUAAAGACUGCUUCCGAUGAGUCUUCCUCUGAAUCUGCAGCCAAGAAAGAAUUAAAGCCCAAAGUGAGGAUGCGAAGUUCCUCGUUCAACUGUAAACAGCAGAAGCCAAACCCCAAGAGAAUGACUAUCGCUUUUGCCCAGAGAGAUGACCCGCAGUUAGAAGCUCUCCUCUCUGCCCAGGACAGCAUCUCCAGUCCCCGGAGAUGCUCCCUGCCUUCCCACUUAAAAGAGGUUCCUGCGGCAAAACCAGGCAGGCAGAGGUACAUGGGAACAACCGCCAGCUCCCGGGCCAAGACAGCCACGAUGUCCCGCAGCGUCUCCAUGGGAGAGAAUCUUCACAGUGAGAGCACUGAGGAGCAGCAGGGGAGCGAGUUGUACCCCAACGGCCGUGCCGCCUCUACAGUGGACCUCUCCACCAACCAACAGGAGGCGCUCUUGAGCAGAGAACAGGCCUUCAAGGAGAACCCGGACCCGGGGACUGUACCAGGAAACCACCAGGCUCGGGCAGGUCUCCACCUGGACCUCUCCUCCGAUCGUAUCCUGAUGCCUCCUCCUCCAGUCCACAAGCCCUCCUUCUUCUCCCUCGUGACUCCCACCGAGAUGAGAUCCCUGGGGAAGGAAGGGAAGAGCUACAUCAAUGACACGCUGGAGAGCAUCGUCUCAGCUCCCCCCAGCCCUGUAAAGAAACAAACCCCCUGUCCUCCUGAUCCAGAGCCCCAGCAAGCUGUCUUUGGCAGAGAGGAACCCCCUGCUUCCACCACCCAGGUCUCUGGUUCUAGUGCUGAGCUUCAGCGGCCACGAACACCCUGCCAGGAAGAGAGGAUAGAUGCUGCAGACCCAGAUUCUACCGAUGUGCCAGUGAGUAUCCAGAACUGUAAGCAGAUUGUGAACGAGCUGCAGGACACUCUGAAGAGGGCGCUGUGUCUCUACAGCAAGGUGGUGACCUGUAACGAAAAACCUGAACAGCAAGUCCAGAUGAAAGCUAUCCUGACUGACGCCUUCGCCUCUGUGCAGAGAGAGAUUGACUCUGUGGAGAGUGGGAAGUCAGGCCACAGCGCCCCUCACAGGCCAGAGGCAACUCCAUCCCCCACACGGCAACUCAAAGACAAGAGGACAUUGGCUUUGCUGGAGCGCUACUCCGACAUGCUGCUUAAAAUCACAGAGAAGAAACUGGACUCAAACUGUUAGCGUGGCAGCAAAACAUUUUACAAGCCUGCUACAGUAUUCUAUGGAUCUAAACAUGUGUGUGUGUGUUUGCACAAUAGACUGCUGCUUCCCAUUUUAUUUUCCCAUAAAUCUUUUCUUUUUACAAUUUCUUUGACGUGAACCUUGUAGUGCAAUGUCCUUGAACCUUUUAAAAAUAGUAUUAUGUUCAUGUUUAAGAAUCCUGUAAAAUGUUAUAUUUGUUUCUUAAAUGCAACUAACUAAAAGCUUACAGCUCCUGUUUUUAAAAUGAGUGUCUGAUGUCCUCAUCUUUGGGGGUGAAGGAGGAAAUUCAGAAAACAAACCCAAGUGCCUUUUCUUCUUCAAAGUUUUUUUUUUUUGUUUGUUUUGUUUUAAUUGUACUCCAUUUUUAUGUAACCCACACAUAGACAAUGUUCUUAACCUAGUAUUUAUUUAUUUCAAGUUUAAAGUGCAAUUUUUUAAAGAAUUUGAGUGGUUAUGGAGGUGAGGUGUUCACUGUAGCUAAACACUUUGUGUGUUUUUAAAAAUAAAUACGGUGGCUUAUUUGAAUUGAGCUUAAACUUUUAUCGGAGUUAUACAGACUCUACAUGGUAACCCAAACUUUUGGGGGUGUACAUAGUGGUUUUUUUUUUUUUUUUUUUUUCACUUUGCUUUAUCUAUCAAACUAUUAUAAAAAGUGAAUGCUUUUGUGUCUGGUUCCUGUCAGUGUGAUCUGAGU